AUGGAGAGCACUCCUAGCGAGGUGGUAUUUUCAACUGUGGGACCGUUGACCGAAUCGGUCGUGGUCCGGUAUACCAACGGGCCUGUGAAAGUGGAUAUGCCGCGAAGAAGAGGGCGCCCUGUAGGAUCCACAAAGAGAAGACCAGAGGAGGGCAGACACCCCAAGCCUGCAGUCAUUCCCCAGUUCGAAUUCGUCAACCUUGGGCCCUGCGAGACCGAAAUCAAUCCAAAAGCUCGCAUGACAAUUAGAAGCCACACAAUGCUCCAUCGUGGUCGCCACAAUCAGAGACAAGUGCAGACCGUCAGACCAGUCCUCCCGACGCCAGAAGUCCACACUCCUUACGUAUUUCCCCUGACAAGUCACGUUGAUCCGUUCGAUACUCUUCCAAUCACCCUCGAGCCAUACAUGCAAGAUCUGCUUUCAUUCUACACCGCUCAUGCUUGGGAGACCCUAUAUUCGAUUGAGAAGAGAGCGGGCUGUAAUCCAAUUGAUGACUAUUGGGCACCCAUAAUCUUCCAUGAUCCAGCAAUGCUACACGUGGUUUUAGCGUGUGGUCUAUUAUUUACGAUGGAAGCGAACAGGGUGGGAACGAGCCCGGCCUUUAUCCGACACACCAGUCGAGCCAUGAGUAUCAUUCGAGAGAGAGUGGUUUGUUCCGCACACGCUCCUUCGGAUGAGACAUUAGUUGCCGUUGCUAGUAUGGCUGUUGCUAAGAAGGCCGUUGGUCACCAUGACCAAUGGGGUGCUGAUAUGAGGAUUCUCAAAAAGCUGGUUGAUCUGCGGGGCGGAUUGGACGCCUUAGAUGGCAAGCCGCUGGUUCAAGGAAAGAUUUAUCGAGCCGACAUCUAUGGAUCGGUAGAUGGUGGAGAGGUGUCCUUUUUCGGUGAUCGGUUUCAGCAAUUGCCACUGGCAUCUCAGAACUACUGCUUGUGUCAGGGGUUUCAAGAUCUGGAUAGCUUGCUGCAAGUGGAAGGGACACUGAAAGCAGCUAUGACCGAUCUACAAGAUGUAGUAGAUGCCUUUUCAAAUAUCACCAAGAAAAGUGGCGAAGCUAUUGUAGCCCAGGUUCGCUUCUGGGUGACGUCAAUCCAGUAUACACUGCUUUCAGUGCAAUACGGUGUUGAAGGCGAUCCCCAAAGUCAAGCACAGGAGGUCUGUCGCCUCGCUCUCUUGCUGCUAAUUAAUACUGUCUUUCACGAGACGCCACAAGGCGCAUCAACUAGCGACAGACUGAUUGCACGUCUUGGGCAGUUUCUGCAUAAUGCUGCUAUAUGCCGCUGGCUCCCAUCCCACUUUCGUCUCUGGACCUUGUUCCUCGCUACUUGCAACGUUCUUUCCCCUACAUUGCGAGCAUGGUGCACUACAGCUAUGUCAGAACUGGUAAUGCAGAUGGACAUCCGUUUUGUGGAGGAAUUCCAUCGCAUGCUCACGAUGUAUCCUCACGACUCUCAUGCAUACGGCACCACUUCUCCAUUGAUCUGGGACGAAGUGCAAUCAAUUGUACUGAAAGCCAGGGGCGAUAACCAUGGUAUAUAG